UAGCCUGCAUAAAUAACAAGCAGAGUAAUAUAUACAUAUAUGUAAUGAGCUAUUACAAUCAUCAGGGCCAACCCCCACCUCCUGUCGGCAUUCCUCCUCCUCAAGGUUAUCCGCAAGAUGCUUACAACCCUAACAAAGAUGCGGCUGCACAAGGCUACCCUCCCCCACAAGGUUACCCACAACAGCAGUACCCUCCCGCCCAAGGGUACCUCCCACCACAGGGCUACCCUCCGCAAGGGUACCCUGCCCAAGGAUACCCGCCACAGUACGCCCCUCAGUACGCGGUUCCGCCGCCUCCGCCGCCGCAACCCAACAGCUCUGGUUGCUUGGAAGGAUGUUUGGCCGCUCUGUGUUGUUGCUGCCUCUUAGACGCCUGCUUCUGACGAUUUGAAAGGGAUCGGAAUAGAUUGGAGAGGUAGAAGGCAUGACUGCAUGGCAACGUACGGAGCAAUUAAUUACUCCUAGCUCUUCAAUUUUUUUUUCUUUAAAAUAAUUGAUAGGCAUGAUU